ACCAACCUUGUUCCGUUCCCUCGUGUUCAUUUCCCCAUGUUUGCCUAUGCACCCAUCGCACAGGACUCCAGAGCUACCCAUGAAACAAACACUAUCCGUGAAAUGACAUUGGCCUGUUUUGAUCCAAGCAACCAAAUGGUCAAGUGUAACCCGCAGAACGGCAAAUACAUGGCAACCUGUCUGCUCUACCGCGGUAACAUCGUCCCCAAGGAAGUCCAUGCUGCAGUUGCUACUGUCAGAACCAAACAGACUAUCCAGUUUGUCGACUGGUGUCCCACUGGUUUCAAGAUUGGUAUCUGUGAUAAAGCUCCUGAGCACGUGCCAAAUGGUGACAUGGCAAAGACGGACCGUGCAGUGUGCAUGCUUUCCAAUACAACUGCCAUCGGAGAGGCAUGGACGUCUCUCUGCCACAAGUUUGACCUUAUGUACUCCAAGCAAGCCUUUGUUCACUGGUUCGUCGGCGAAGGCAUGGAAAUGGGUGAGUUCGCUGAAUCUCGUGAAAAUCUAGCGGUCCUGGAGCGUGACUACCAGGAAAUCGCCAACGCCGAGGGUGAUGAAGAACCCGAGCAGGAGUACUAA